AUGGCAGGCACCGUCGAAGUUGAAACCGUGGAGAAGGAUGGGAAGCAGUUCCGCGUGGUAAAGGAAGGCAAGGCGACCAUCCUGGUGCCUCAGGGCGCCAAGAUUGGAGAGGACCGAGGAGAGGUGCAGCAGGUGUUUUACAAUCCGAUCCAGCAGUACAACCGAGACCUGUCUGUUCUUGCCAUCAAGACAUAUGGAGAAGAUAUAUUGGCGAAAAGGAAAGAGAAGAUUCUGGCAAGAUCGAAUAAGCACAGCAAAAAGCGAAAGCGAGACGAGAAAGAUGACGAUGAGCAGAAGGGUCACAAAUCAACAUUUAGAAUGCUGGACGCCUUGUCGGCAUCUGGAUUGAGAGCGCUGAGAUAUGGCCAUGAACUCCCUUUUGUUACUUCUAUCAACGCAAACGACCUCUCCAAAUCGGCGGCCGAGUCUAUCAAGCUCAAUGUGAAUCACAACGGUCUCGACGAUAUAAUCUCAGUAACGAACGAAGAUGCUCUUGCGCACAUGUACCGCGCAAUCGCAGAUGGUCUCUCCAAGAGGGAUCGUCACGGAAAUCCCACAAAGUCUCACAAAUUUGAUGUCAUCGACCUAGAUCCGUACGGCACUGCAGCACCCUUUUUCGACGCCGCAUUACAAUCCGUUAGAGAUGAUGGAGGCCUGCUUUGCAUCACCUGCACUGAUAGUGCUGUUUGGGCGGGCCAUAGCUACUGCGAAAAGACGUUUGCCCUGUACGGCGGUACCCCUAUCAAGGGAAUGCAUUCGCACGAAGCUGGCUUGAGGUUGAUUCUGAAUGCUGUUGCGACUUCUGGCGCCCGAUAUGGUCUGGCCAUCGAACCCCUGCUCUCUCUUUCCAUCGAUUUCUACACAAAAGUUUUCAUCAAGGUCACCAGAUCACCGCAGGCUGUGAAAUUCCUGGGGUCCAAAACCAUGGUCGUAUACAGCUGCGACCACGGAUGCUCUGCCUUUGAGACCCAAUAUCUGUUGAGAAGCAAGCCAACGCCUAACAAGAAAGGCAGCGGGUCGUUUUAUAAGCACGGCAUGGCGGCAGGACCAACAGCUGAUAGACACUGCCAGCAUUGCGGCCAUGUGAUGCAUGUCAAUGGUCCGAUGUACGGAGGUCACAUCCACUCGGCAGAUUUCAUCCAAAAGCUUCUCGAUCAAAUCCCCAACGCCUCGCCAGAAGUCUAUGGUACUCUCCCGAGAUUAGAAGGCAUGCUACGAACGGCCUUGGAGGAGAUUAUUCCGGGACCUGAAGCCGAUCCCACCGUGGACCCCAAGGAUGCCCAGCAUGCCGAGAUUGACCACUGUCCAUUCUUUGUUAUCCCCUCCAAGCUAGCAACUGUAAUUUCUUGUGCUGCCCCGAGCGAUGACAUGUUCCGUGGCGCUCUGAUACAUCUUGGUUAUCAAGUUGGGCGAAGCCACUGCCGACCGGGCAGCGUCAAGACGGAUGCCCCUUGGUCUACGAUUUGGUGGAUCAUGACAGAAUGGAUCCGUCAAAAAUCUCCUAUUAAAGCGUCAAAGUUUACACCAUUGAUGCCUGGCUGGAAGAUUCUACAUUCUGCCGGGCUAGUUGGUCGAGAAGAUGGAGCACCGCAGGAGCCUGAUAGUAACAUGGAAGAUGUCCAGGCAGAUGAAGAGCCUCAGAGCGCAGAGGCAGCGGAUAACUCCAAUGAGCAAGUUUCAAGCCCGAGCGAACUAGAGCUGAGGAAAACGCUGGUAUUCAACGAGGAUCUCGCACGACUGGGUCGCCUACGGGAUACCCAGAAACUUGUACGAUACCAAAUGAAUCCUCGACCAGACUGGGGACCUUUGUCCAAAGCCAAAGCCCAGUGA